AUGCCUCCACGACUAGCCCGCUCCUCGAUCGCAGUCGCCGCUCCUAAAACCGCCAAGAACAAAUCCAAGAAGCGAAACCUCAACGCCUACUCCAUCGCCUCGCACACCAUCAAGCCGUCGAGAAUCGCCAAACAUCGUCUCGGCGAAUCCCUAGACGAUAAUCCCCGCCAGAAACGUCGCAAGACAGACUCGGGUGACGACAAGGUUGACGAGGAGGAGGAGGAUGUUAGUGAGGAUGACUCGACGCCACGCAGGAAGUUGCCGAAGAGCAGAGGCAGGGGGUUAGCGGCGGAGGGGAACGAGGAUGGGGUGGAGGAGGGCAGUGAUAGUGAGGGGAAUGAGUGGGUGUUGGGGGGCUUGGCGGAGGGGGAUGAGGAUUCCGAUCUGGAUUCCGACGAGGCGUUUGGGGAGAGCGAUGAGGAGAGGUUUGAGGGGUUUGCUUUCCGGGGCUCGAGUAGUGGGAAGGGUGUAAUCAAGAAGAGGAAGGAGGGGAAGAAGUCAAGUGGAGAGGUGGAUCUGGACGAGGCUGAACAUAGUAGUGGCGAAGAUGACGAAGAAGAUGAUUUCGGGGAUGAGGGCGUCGAUCUAGCUACUAUGCUUGACGAUGAGAACGCGGAUAUGGAAAGUGCAGACGACGAUGAAGAUGAGGAGAACGAGAGCGAGGACGAAGAUAUAUCCGAACCAGACUCUGAAGAAGACGAUGGUGCCAACGACCAAGAACGCUUAGCUCGCUUUCGUGAUCGAAUGGAAGCCCUGGACGCCUCCGAACAGCCAACCCAAACUCUCCCUGACGCCGAAGACGUCGGUGGUAUCUCCCUCGAAGAUCUCCUCACCGACAUGGACCCAGCAGAGAAGAAACAAUUCACCACCGCCAUCAAACCAAGGAAGAAGUCCAAAGUCCCACAAAAGCUCACAGCACCCCUCCCCAAACGCCACCAAGACCGUCUAGACCGCGAGAUCGCCAACCAGAAAGCCAAAGAGCAGUUAGACCGCUGGCGGGACACCGUGAUCCAGAACCGUCGAGCCGAAUUCCUCACUUUCCCGCUUGUGGACCCCACGCGCACAGAGCCGAUGGGCAAAGACAAGUUCGUCACUGAUGGCAAACCGCAAGGUCAACUGGAAGAGAAUAUCCGCAAGAUCAUGGAGGAGAGCGGUAUGACUGCUCCCCGACCCGGUGCGGAGAUCGUCGGGGACGGCGAAGACGAGAUCAUGCAGGCGGAGGAACUGGGGACGAAUCAUCUUCCUGUUGAGGAAGUUAUGCAAAGACGGGCGGAACUACGUCGGAAUCGCGAGCUGCUGUUCCGCGAGGAGAUUAAGGCGAGGAGGAUAAGUAAGAUCAAAUCGAAAGCUUAUCGCCGUGUACAUCGACGGGAACGGGAACGGUUGGCGGGGAGGGAGAGGUCGUUGAUGGAUCCGGAGGGUCUGGGCGUGGAGAUGGAUGAAGGUGAGAAGGAGCGGAAUGAGAGGAAGCGGGCGGAGGAGAGGAUGAGCACGAAGCAUCGAGAUAGUAAAUUUGGGAGGGCGAUGAGGGGGACUAAUCGGAUGGUUUGGGAUGAGGGGGCCAGGGAGGGGGUGUUGGAGCAGGCGAGAAGGAAGGAGGAGUUGAGGAGGCGGGUGGGUGGGGAGGAUGUUGGGGGGGAGGGUGGAGGGGGCGGGGAUAGCGAUGAUGAUUAUGAUGGGGAGGUUGAGGGAGAGGAUGAUGCUGCUGCGCUCAGACGGUUGAGAGGCGAGGGUGAGGGUGAUGCGGAGUUGAAGGGUGUAGGCGGCAUGAAAUUCAUGCGGGAUGCUGAGGAUCGGCUGCGUAAGAGGAAUGAGGAGGAUAUUGAGAGGAUGAGGAGGGACAUGGCGGUUGCUGAGGGUGAUGAGGAUGGUAGUGAUGAUGCGGCUGAGCAGGAGGAGGGUGGUCUGGGCAGAGCUAUCUUCGGGCCUAAGGGUAGGGAGGAUGGGAAGCGGAAGGCUGUGAAGCAGAAGAAGCCGGAAAUGGAGGAGGGUGAGAUGUCUGGCGAGGAGGAGGGUGUGGAGGCUGAGAGCGAGGCUGCUGCUACGGUCGGGAAAGAGAAAGCACCGUUGAAGAGCGCGAUGAAGAAAUCUGCUGCGGCUAGCGGACCCCUAUCCCGAGCAGCUUUGGGUCGUGAUCGAAGGGAGCCGGGAGCGGCGUCUGUUCAACCUGAGAAGGAGAGUGUCGGGCUCAGUAGUGCAUGGUUGAACGGCGAGAAUGCGAAAAAGGGCAAGCAGGAUCGUCGGAAGCAGAGGUCCGCGAUACCUGCCGAGACGAUCGAUUUAUCUACUGACCUCACCGUCGGUGGCAAGGAAGGCGCGCAAGGCAAGACGGUAUCAGCUAAGUCUGCUGCGGCAGUCAAGCCAUCUGCCAACGAUAAACCAGCAGGGAAUACCAAUGGCUGGCAAACAGUACCCUACUCCAACGGCGGCGGCGACAACGACGAGACAGCUACCACCUCCGACGCCGAAGAGGCGGCCAUUGCAGAUCCCAUUCUCACCGCUUCCGAACAGAAAACCGCCUAUCACCGCCGCGCCUUCGCCGGCGACGACGUGGAGAUCGCGUUCCAAGCCGAAAAAGAAGCCGAUAUCGCAGACCAAGACGAGCAGGAGACAUCCUCCCACUUACCGGGCUGGGGCUCCUGGACCGGUACUGGCCUAUCGAAGAAGAUCCGAAAGGCCAACGCCAAGGCGGUGCAUAACCCUCUGUUCAAACGCAAACUCCCUGGCGGUGGUGUCAAGGCGGAGGAGCGGAAGGAUGGGCGGGUAGGGAUGGAGAAGGUGAUUGUGAGUGAGAAGACGGAGAGGAAGGGGAAGAAAUACCUUGCCGCUGUUCUCCCACGCGAGUAUGAGAAUGGUGCGCAGUAUGAGCGGGCGCUGAGGGGGCCGGUGGGGCCGGAGUGGACGACUAAGGAGGUUUUUCAGCGGGGGACGAGGCCGAGGGUUUUGGUUAAGGGGGGGGUGGUGGUGGGGGCAAUGGAGAGGCCGUUGGUUUAG